GGUCCACAUGUAACAGGCCCAAGUUUAGGCCUAACAAAAAGGAACAGCGGAACAAACUAAACCAGAAGCUUGAGAGCGAGAGAGAGAACAGAGAGAAACAGAAAAUGGCCAGGGCCUUCGUGUAUGUGAUACUCGGAGGAGGGGUUGCUGCUGGCUACGCUGCUCUCGAGUUCUCAAGGAGAGGAAUCUCCCAUGGCGAGCUCUGCAUCAUCUCUGAAGAAUCAGUAGCGCCUUAUGAACGACCUGCAUUAAGCAAAGGGUAUUUACUUCCAGAAGCUCCUGCACGCCUCCCCUAUUUUCAUACUUGUGUAGGUGCCGGUGAGCAGAGGCUGACUCCCGAAUGGUACAAGGAACAUGGCAUUGAGCUGAUUCUUGAAACUACAGUGAAAUCUGCCAAUGUGAAGCAGAAGACGUUAACAACAGAAAAUGGUGAAACUAUUAGCUACAGGACUCUCAUAAUCGCGACAGGUGCUCGGGCUUUGAAGCUUGAAGAAUUUGGGGUGAGAGGAUCAAACGCGGAAAAGGUUUGCUAUUUACGCAAUUUGAAUGAUGCAGAUAGACUUGUAGAUGUAAUGAAAUCUUGUGUCGGUGGCAAUGCUGUCGUAAUCGGCGGGGGCUACAUUGGCAUGGAAUGUACAGCUGCGCUUGUUACAAACCGAAUAAAAGUAACCAUGGUGUUCCCUGGCGCACAUUGUAUGGUUCGUUUAUUCACACAAAAAAUUGCCAGUUUUUAUGAGGGCUAUUAUGAGUCGAAGGGAGUGAAGUUUAUAAAAGGAACUGUUGUUACAUCGUUUGAAAAUGAUUCUGAAGGAAAGGUUACAGCAGUGAUUCUCAAAGAUGGAACCCGACUACCAACUGACAUGGUCGUCGUGGGCAUCGGGAGCCGUGCAAACACGAGCCUCUUCGAGGACCAGCUAACCAUUGAGAAGGGUGGAAUCAAAGUAAACAAUCUGAUGCAAACAAGCAACAGCUCAGUUUACGCUGUGGGAGACGUAGCUGCAUUCCCUGUCAAGCUCUUUAACGGUGACACCCGUCGCCUUGAGCAUGUAGACUCUGCUCGAAAGACUGCAAGGCACGCCGUCGCCGCCAUCAUGGGCCCCAGAAACACCAGCGACCUCGAUUACGUGCCAUUCUUUUACUCGAGAGUGUUUACUCUCGCGUGGCAGUUUUACGGGGACAAUAUCGGGGAUGUUGUACAUUAUGGAGAUUUCACCAAGGGGAAGUUUGGAGCAUAUUGGGUGAACAAAGGGAGGGUGGUAGGGGCUUUUUUGGAGGGAGGCGCCAAAGAGGAGUACGAGGCGAUAGCAAGGGUUGUUAAGCUCAAGGCGACUGUGAAGGGCAAGGAUGUAGUUGAGGGCCAAGGUAUCGACUUUGCUCUCAGGGCUUGCCAGAGGGCGACGCCAGUGCAUAACUGGCGUUCCGUCGUCGGUGUUGCAGUGGCUGUGUUGAUGUUUGCAGUUGCUUUUCGGUAUGGGAGGAGGAUGUUUUAGUAUUCAAUAGAAAGAUUGUGUUGUGAUUUGUGAAUCUUCAUAGGCCAGUUGUUCAUAGAGAACUGUAACAGGAAAGAAUGAUGGUGAAUGCUAACAUGUAUAUCUGUAUAAUAUUAACAAUUACCCUCAAUAAUACUUAGGUAGUUCCAUGGAUUCAUUGGAAUUUCAUGAUCCUCAUAGAUAUGCUGCCAGCAUAAAAAAGAAGGCCAACAACAAAUGAUUUAACAUUUUGUCAAAUAAAUGCUUGCUUAUUUCAUCUGUAUAUAUCUUUACAAGUAUUUUAAAAAGUGAACCAGACUGCAACCUUCCAUUUAGCUACACAUUUUGCAUAUAAAUUAACAAGAUACAACAUUGUUGGUAACGCAGUC